ACUUUGUUCGUUGUUAUUUCCUGAUCAGGUAAUAUAUCUAAAUCUCAUACUGGAGGGGGAAGGAAAAAAAUCUAACUCUAUUUGGUCUAAUCUGUAUAAUGGCACCGGUGUAUGUUAAAGGUGGUGUAUGGACCAAUAUUGAAGAUGAAAUCCUUAAAGCUGCAGUAUCCAAGUAUGGUCUAACCCAAUGGGCCCGAGUAGCUUCAUUACUACCUAAAAAAUCAGCCAAACAGGCCAAAGCGAGGUGGGACGAAUGGUUAAAUCCUCAUAUAGACAAAACUGAAUGGACAAUUGAACAAGAUGAGAAGUUGUUGACUCUAGCUAAGUUGUUACCUAAUCAAUGGAGAACCAUUGCUUCGAUAAUAGGUGGUAGAAGUGCUACACAUUGUGUAGAAAGGUAUCAAAAAUUAAUAGAUGAAGCCGCCGGAAUUACGCAUGAUGAUGAUGACGAAGAGCAAUUCAAAUUGACAGGCCCAAGUAUAGAGUCAGCUCCAGCCGUUGGCCAGGCCGGUGAUUUGAAUAUAAACCCAGAAAGUAAACCGGCCCGACCUGAUGAAGAAGAUUUAGGCGAUGAAGAACGAGAAAUGUUGGCAGAAGCCAAGGCAAGAUUGGCAAACACUCAAGGUAAGAAAGCCAAGAGGAAAGCUCGUGAGCGAAUGUUGGAAGAAAGUAAACGAAUUGCAUUAUUGCAGAAACGACGAGAAUUAAAGGCUGCCGGGUUUAAUGUUAGUUUAAAGUCCAAGAAUAAAAAGAAGAGAAUGGAGUUUGAUUAUAAUGCUGAUAUUCCUCAUGAACAUGCCGUGCCACACGGGCCAUAUGACAUAUCUGAAGAAGUUCAAACAAAUGAAUAUGAAAAAUCAAAGUUUAGUAUUCAAGUGUCUAGACAAGGUAUUGAAAUGGAGGGAAAUAAAGACAGGAAAACGACUUCUAAAACGGAAGGUAAGAAGCAUAAGUUGGGCAUAGAAGCUCCUGCUGAACUUUUGGAUGAACCAUUGAAAAGGCGAAAGUUGAAUUUGCCGGCGCCUGGUGGAGGAAGCCAAGUGGAAGAUAUGGAUUCAAUAAUACUAGAAAAGGCACGAGAGUUGAAAUCGCUUUCAGAAGGUACAACCUCAGUACUAUUUAGUGAGCAGAUAUCAUCUAAGGUGACAACGGUACCGACCAAACCUUCAAAAGAAGAUCGGAAAACAAAAGCUUCAAUAGCUAAACUACUUAAAAAUGCAUUCUCAUCAUUACCACCGGCAAAAGUACGUCAUGGAACAGUAAUACCUAGUUUCAAUAGUGAAGAAGAUACAUUGUAUCUUGAUUCAGCUGAUAUCGGUGAUGAUGGUCAAGAUCAAGGGGAAAGAUUAAGAAAUUUAGAACUUUUACGACGAUUAGAUGACGAAAAGUCGAAAUUACGUAGAUCUCAGGUUAUACAGCGUGGCCUUGAAGUUCCUGAUCCUAAUAGUUUAACCUUGGAGUCUACGGGAACUGACUUGGACAAGUUAAUUUCCGAAGAAUACAUCAAGUUGGUAAAAUCAGAUUAUAGAAAAUAUCAAGAUUCAAGUUAUCAGGCUGUUUUAGUGGAAGAUUUGGAUCAAGAAUCCUUUGAUAGGGUUAAUGCUGAAAUAGACCAAGAAUUAGCCAAUAUCAAUCAGGCUGAAAAGAAUGUCGGUGCUACCAGAUACACUCUUCCACAGUCAAAAGAAGUGGCCGAUAAAAUCGUCGUUAAAUUACACGAGCUUAAAGAAGCUUCUAGUAAAGCAAUAGAUGAGCUUUACUCGUCGGAAUACGAAGCUAAGCGAGACCAGUUAUUAGCUUCUAUCGGCGCGACAUCCAAGGAAUUGAUUGCAGCUGAUGAACAAUAUGACUUUGUAAAAGAUCGACUUUCAGAAGAGGAAAUAAUCUUUAAAGCUGAAUCGUCCAGACUUCAAGGGCUAGUUGACCGGUUAAGCCAAUCCACUAGUGACAUUCAAGAGCAAGUUCGUGAAUUGACAGUGAAAAGGUUGGGCAAUUAAAUAACUGUGUGUAAAUUUUUAUAGACGCAAAACAUAUUUUUCUGGUGGUA